GGGCUGUUCUGCAACCCCAGAUUGCUUUUCCGUCGAUUGUUGUCUGAAAGGAAACGUGCCAAUGAGAGCAGCUCUGGAGAAAUAAUGAUCCGCUGUAUUUAUACUACCAACUCAAAUAUAACAUCACCAAAGCAAUUGCUCGUUUGUGAUCGCGUCGCGUCGGGGUGGGACGCAUAGCAUAGGGCGCGUUGUUGAGACAAUUUAUACAAUUGGCUCCGCCCGCCCGCGCGCGCCGAAGCGCUGAACUUUCCUCAGUGCGCGAGUAACGGAGCGGCGUCCGGCAGCAGUGGAUAAUAAUGGCGAACAUCAAACUUAUAUCAAUGCUGCUGUUCUUAGCGAUAUCGGAGGCUCGGCCAUCUGCAGGACUACAGCCGAAAAUACGACAGAAGAGAGAAUGGAUUGUUCCACCCCGCAAACUGAAGGAGAAUGUCAAUUACAUGGAUUUGGAAUACAUUGCCAAAAUCCGCUCCGAUGAGGAGACCAGGACCACUAUAAGGUACUCUCUGACUGGACCCGGGGCUGAUCAACCCCCCUUCAGAUUGUUCUCGGUGGGAAGUGAAAACGGCUUGGUGAAGAUCCACGGAGUGUUAGACAGAGAGAAAAUGCCCACCUACCACCUUCGAGGAGUGGCCAAGUUUUUGAACGGCAGUUAUGCUGAGAAAGAUAUUGACCUGAGGAUAGUGGUGCUUGAUGAGAAUGAUUGUGCUCCUGUGUUUACUACUCAGACGAGUGGAGCCGUUCAUGAGCGGACUGCAAGAGACACGUUUGUGAUGAGCAUCACAGCAACUGAUGAAGAUGAGAAAGGCACAUUACAUUCAAAAAUCGCCUACAGUAUCGUUGAACAGAGGCCUGCUAACAUGUUCUACAUUGAUCAAGAGUCUGGCGGGAUAUACGUCAUGCUCAAAACUCUGGACAGAGAGACACACCACACAUACACAUUGACUGUGAAAGGGACAGAUAUGAAUGGCGCUCCAAACGGAAACACGGGAAUGGGGGAAGUUGUAAUCAGCAUUCUUGAUGAGAAUGACAACAUUCCCACUUUGGAGAAAAGCGUUUAUGAGUGCAGUGUGGAAGAAAACACAAAGAGUGUGGAAGUUGUGAGAAUUCAGGCCAUUGAUGCUGAUCUCAUUCAUACUGACAACUGGUUGGCUGUCUUCAGCAUUGUGUCCGGAAAUGAAGCCGGUUAUUUCUCUAUAAGCACUGACAUCAACACCAAUGAAGGCAUUCUCAUGCUCAAUAAGGAACUGGACUAUGAAGAGCUGAAGGAAAUUAACCUGCAGGUGUCCAUCUCCAACAAGGCGGUGUACCACUCAUCAGUGGUCAUUACACAGAGCAAAACGUACCGCAUUAAAGUCAAUGUGGUCAACCAGUCUGAGGGGCCACGCUUCAAACCCGCUGUCAAAGUCAUCUCACUGUCUGAAGACAGUACCUCCAUUGACAUCAGAAAAAUCAUCACCAACUAUGCGGCCAUCGACAGUGACACGCUGUUAACUGCUACUGAUGUAAGGUAUGCGAAAAAAUACGACGUUGACAACUGGCUGCUUAUUGAUGAGAAGACGGCUGAUAUAAGGCUUAAUAAAAUACCAGACUAUGAGUCCAAGUUUCUGAUCAAUGGCACUUAUUACGUCAAGAUAAUCUGCAUCACCAAAGAUCUCCCAGCUAAAACAGCCACAGGUACGAUUGCCAUUCAGGUGGAGGAUUUUAACGACCACUGUCCCAUCCUGAGCAGCCCUUCUCAAACACUCUGCUAUGGAGAGCAUGCAGUUCACGUCACAGCUGAGGACAGAGAUCAUUACCCCAACGCAGAACCCUUCGAUUUCACAGUGACCUCGCCGGGGUCGUGGAGUGUCCAGCGUGUCAACGACACUACUGCAAUAUUCAGAUCUCAUGCGACACUCUGGCCAGGGGUGUACCGUCUGCCUGUGGUGGUGCGGGAUCAGCAGGGCAAGUUCUGUGGCGAUCAGCAGGUGCUUCAGGUGGACGUUUGUGCAUGUGACGCUUCUAAAGUUUGCCUGCCAAGACGACGGGACUCUAGAUUUGUAGCAGCUGGUGUUCUUCUAAUGCUGCUGGGACUUCUGCUCCUCCUCUUGGUUCCUCUUCUGCUGCUUUUCUGCAUCUGCGGUGGCGCAGCAGCUGCAGCGGAUUUCAAGACCAUCCCGUUUGAUGCUAAACAGCACCUUAUUGUAUACAACACUGAAGGACAGGGAGACGACAAGGAAAUGGCUCUCCUGCAAAUGUCAAAAACAAUGGAUGAACACAAGAGCAGUAAUGCGGCAGCUGUAGGCGGAACACAGAAGAUGGGUGAUGCUGUGGAUGCUGCAGUAGUGGACUGGUCCUCCUUCUAUCAAUAUGACCGGCAUGGUAAUGCGUAUCAUCACCACACACGUCAGGUUGAUGAGGAGCUCGUGUACACUCACAGAAGAGAUGAACACAUGAAUGCCAGGUUCAAAGAGCACAGCAUCUAUGAAGGGCUUGCCCUGUCUGACGCUUUCUUGGCCAGCUACUAUUCUAAUAAGGCAAGAUGUGUGGCUAAGGAGCACGAUACAGGCGACCAGCUGUUGGUCUACGACUACGAGGAUCAGGAAUCUUGCAUGGGAUCACUGGAGGACAUCUGCAGUGUCAUGAAUGACGACAACCUUGCCUUUCUGGAUGACCUUGGCCUGAAGUUCAAGACUUUGGCUGAGAUCUGCUCAGGCUCCACAAUGGAGACUGAUAUUAACGUGUCCAGCUCAGUAACCACUAAAGUGGUGCCAUCUGUCCCACACAGAAAUGUCAACACAUCCGAGACAGUUAACAUCGUGCACUUGCAAGAAACAGAAAACACCUCAAGCGCCUCCGCCAUCUUUCAGGCUUCAGACGUGGAGCAGGUCAGCGGCGCAUCUCUGACAGGAGCGUACAUCCACGAGAAAGUUAUGGUUCCAAAGCCAACCCUGUUCGUCCAGCAGCCUGCCUUGUACUACACCUCCACCAACCCGCUUUACCUUGUAGAUCCUCGUCGAUAGAACGGCAAUCCGUGACUUUAUUGGUUACAAAUGAACAAACAUUAGUGAGCAUGUACCAAUUCACUGCAAGCUUACAAUAAUGAUUUUUAGGUUUAGCUGUCAUUACGUAAUACUCAUAACGAAGGAACGUAAAGUAACCUGCAAUUUUAUACUUCAAUUAAAAUGAUACUUUUUACCUUCGUUUUUGGGUUUGUUUUUUAGCUGACUAACUGCAGAGCAUUCAUGUGUUUUUUAUUGGAAAUAUAUUCUGCACUACAUUUAAGAGGAAAUGCAAAUGCUGUACACAUACAUUUUGAUAUAAUACAAAUGUAACUGCUAAGAGGUUGUUUGCACUCUCUUUGAAACACACAUACAAAGCAAAUGCAGUCUGUUCAUUUAGAGUUGUAUUUUGUAUUGUCUAAUGAGUUUUGACUCAUUGCAAAAGAACACACAACAGCUCUUUGCCAUAUUUAUACAAUAUUUCUCCUGGUUUACUGAUGAUGGGAAUAAAAGAGUAAUUAUGAUAAUGGUACUUGGUUUAUUCCUGUUAAAAGAUGGCAAAGAUGGGCAAAACAAACACUGACAACGACAAAAGAAUAUUAUAUCCCUUCUAGUUUUUUUCUGUUAUGACCUUUUGUGACGUAUCUGCUACUGUAUGUGAAUAAACAACCUUCUAACACUACCUGAAUAAAUCGUCACCUUGGAAUGAUAAGGUUCUAUCUGACAUUUUUCUAAGUUAUUCACAUAUUGUCUGACAACGUAUUUACAUUGUGUGAUGGUUUUUGGGACUUUUUUUAGAAAACUAAAAGGUUCUAUAUCUAGUCGUACUCCUAUAGCACUAAUUUUAUGUUUUAAAGCAAAUGAAAUGUAAUGUGUUUCUGCUGAUCCUUCCUGGUGGAACGUUCUUCCUAAUUCGAUCCGGUCAACCACAUCUCUCACAACAUUCAAAAAACUACUUCAGAACCCAUCUCUUCUGUCAAUACUUGACAGACAAAUGAGAAAGAAAAAUAAACUAACCCUCUCUCUUCCUCUCAACAGGUAGUGUUCUGGCUUUUGUUGAAACUAGUAACUUUGUAUUAGCACCUAUUGUAUUAUUUCUCGUGUAUGACAUGUGGCUCAUUGCUCCCUGAACUCUCUGUGAGUCGCUUUGGAUAAAAGCGUCUGCUAAAUGACUAAAUGAAAAUGUACAUGUUUGUGAUAGAAGCCUUAUAAUUCUAAACAGAAAGUGAUUUUUUUAGAAUGAGAAGGUUCCAAAAAUCCCCAUUCACAAAUCUGAGAGGAGUUUGAUAUCGUUCGUUUAGAAUAUGUGACCCUGUGAAAUUCAGUCUAAAGUGUCAAAAUCUAGUUAGGAGAUGAGGAUAUUUUGCAAUAUUUAAAAUGACACAUGAUGACUUGGAAACGUGCCGUAAGCAUCCUCUUUGCGUUAUCCUCUAAUCACAGAGGUAUCUUAGAGGUAUGAGUUCUAGUAUGAGAUGGGCCUUUUAUCAAAUAAAACCAUUGCACCAGAUGGACCUUUACAAAGGCAACAUCUAUCAUUUUUUUCUAAUGUUCUCUAUGUUAGGCCCAGAAGACCUAUCGUUUCAUACAGUCAUGUGACCACUGUAAAAUUGAGACAAGUUUGCUUUUGCGAUUACACAAAAUCCAUAAUACUGUUACAUCCCUAAAUGUCAAAGAUAUCAAGAUUAUAUGUUAACAAUGUUUUAUUUAGAAAACAGUAAAUCACAAAAAAUGACUUGAGCUGGGUUUUUACAGGUCACGUAUAUUUUUCAUGUUUGAAAGGGACUUUUAUUUUGCUAUAUGGAAUGCAAAAAGUUGAAGCUCAAUAUCUCAAAACUGCUCAGAAUGCAGAUAGAACUUAUCAUUUCAACGUGUAAUGACUGCUUAUACGUUUUGUGCUGUGCUCUUACUGUCUUGCCGUACAUCACUGGAUGGACAUUUUGAAAUUUGUUUUUAAUAUUUACACUUUGAAUGUAUACAUUGCUAAUUGAUUCCUUUAUUUUAUUUGUAUGUGGUACACAUUGUCCUUCAAAUAGUACUCCUGCUUUGAUCUGAACCUUUUUUGUAUAGGACUACAUCAGAUAGUACAGUUGCUAUAAUGUCUUCUUCCAUUAAAUGCAUUACUUUUGCCAAGCGUAUCAAAUCAUGUCUAAUCAAAAGGUUUUAAUCAAAAGUUUGUUGAGCUGAUUUGUUUUUAUUACUUUCCGACAUAGAACACUGUUUUGGAAUAAAUUACAUUCUGUCAAUCA